AUGAAAGCAAUAUUUCUUUUUGCAUCGGCUUCUGUUGCCAUAUUUAAAUUAGCUUCUUCGAGUUCAUCACAUAAUUACAGUAGUGGAUCAUGUUGUGGAAAAAAAAUAAAGCCGCCACCUUGUAGGUCUUAUAGCAAGCCUGAAGAUAUACCAUCGAUUGUUUUAAGACCAAGGGUAGAAAAAAUGGAAUCGUUAGAACCAUAUAAAAGUGCUUUAUGGGAAAAAUGGUUUUCGAAGAAGAAAAAAGAAAUGUUAGAAUAUUUUCAAGAGGAAAAAAAUGCUUGGCUUCAACACGCAGCUAUGGAAUGGGGAAAUUUUUUGAACAACUUAGAAAAUAAAUGGAUGCACUAUAAUCCUAAUAUGAAGGAAGAUUAUAAUACAAAUCUUAAUGAUGUAUGCGCAAAUUGGAGUGAUAGUAAGUGGAGAAAAUGGUUUAAAAUAUACGGAGUAAAUCAUUUGAAAUCUGAAUAUGUAAGGUGGUUUAAUAAUAGUAUAUCCGACUACAAUAUAACGAUGACAUGCAAAUUGAUUAAGUGGUAUAAAAAAAAGAAAUACGAAUUUGAUUCACACCCCGAAUACAUAAAAGAAAAACGUUUUUGUAAAAAAUGGAAAAACAAAGCGUGUUCAAGUGUAGAUCCCGAGUUUUACGUAAAGACUGCACAGUAUAAUAUCUGGAAUUCUAGACAUGAAAGAGAAAGAAAAGAAUGGUUACAAUUAAUUAACGAAAUUUAUGCAAGAUACGUUGCGCAGAAAUGCACUACGUUGAGAGAUUGGGGUAAAUGUAAUGUGGAAUUCUAUAAGGAUUGGAUAAAAUUCUUUUAUGAAAAAUGGUUACGAAAUGAACAAUGGAAAGUAUGGCUUCAAGAGAAGAAUAUGGACGACAAGAAAAACACAGAAAACGUGGAAAACACGGACAACGUGGAUAACUUGGACAACACGGACAACAUGGAUAACAUCGACAACACGGACAACAUGGAUAACAUAGACAACACGGACAACAUGGAUAACAUAGACAACACGGACAACAUGGAUAACUUGGACAAUGUGGACAACAUGGAUAACUUGGACAACACGGACAACAUGGAUAACUUGGACAACACGGACAACAUGGAUAACUUGGACAUUGUAGACAACAUGGAUAACAUAGACAACACGGACAACAUGGAUAACUUGGACAUUGUGGACAACAUGGAUCACAUAGAUAACAAGAAGAACAAGAAGAAAAAGAAAAACAAGAAGAACUAG